GCCAGAUGGUGACCACAGACGGCAGUGAUUAUCUCUGUCUCUCUGAUAAUCCUGACUAUGGGGCGUGGAGACCAACAAAGACGCCAGGCAGAAACUUUGGAAGCAGUGUUAGCGUACGUGGAGUCACAUAUGGUGACGUAGAAGAUGUUGUUAAUUUUAUCGACCCCACUCCUCCAUCUGGACCGACGAGUAAAAACAACAAGACUGUGCCUUGCGCAGUAUGCGCGCGAAGUGGCAAGUCUGGCAGCAAAAUGAUGAGUGCAAUUUAUGAUAGAGGUAAAACAGACAAGUUCAACAUGCAGCGGGAAUACUUUGGUGUCCUAAUGACAUCAAAGGAAUCUAAGAAGUUGAUAUGUCUUUCUGUUGAUGCGAAAGAAUACAAGAACAAGAAAAUUAAAAACAUGGUCUCAAUUCCUAUCUCAAACACAGUACAAAUUCACCCAGCCGAACUGAAAUGUAGUUCUAUGUACUGUGAGGCAGAUGAUACUUAUUACAAAAAGGCACAUAGAGUCAAAUGUAUAGUUGUUACGUUCUGA